GUGCAAGAACGCGGCUUCGUGAGUGGUUCGCAUAGCUGUCGAUCACAGGCACAACUCUGGGCUUUCCUUUAGCUGUGAAACAGAUCGGUUGCGUAGAGUGAUUUGACUGAGGGAGAGGCGCUAGGCUGGACCAUCAGUGUGCGGCGUCGAUUGUACCCAAACAAGCAUCUAUGCUUCUCUUAUAUUUGGAAAUACUGUAGGAAAAAAGAACCCUCUUGUAUUUUGCAUGCCAGGAACGGAGGAUCCCGUCGCCGGUCAACGGCUGGUUUUGAUUUUUUGCUCCUUGUUUAUCCUUCAUGAUAACACUAAUUGAUACGAGGCAUGUGGAAUUGUAAUAGGAUUACGAAUUGCUUUUCAAUAGUGUUGCUGCUGCUGACGUCAUGGACAAAGAUGUCCCAGUCCUCCGGCUAUUUCGAGCUGCAGCUGAUUAGUGUACAGAAUGUAAACGGUGAGUUGUCGGACGGGGAGUGCUGCGACGGCCGAAGAAACGCGCUGGAUCUCCGCUGUACCCGGGACGAGUGCGAUACUUACUUUAAAGUCUGUUUAAAGGAGUACCAAUCGGAGGUCAAACUCACCGGAACGUGCACCUACGGAACGAAAUAUACGGACGUCCUUGGUGGAAAUAUUUUUUCUUUUAAAAAUACUAAAACAAAUUCAAAUAAAAUGAACGAUGCUGGAAAGAUUGUUAUCCCGUUCCUGUUUGCUUGGCCGCGGAAGUACACCCUCAUGCUGGAGGCCUGGGACUGGGACAACCACACACUCAGCGAUGAGCGUCUGCUGAUCGAGAGGAGCACCCACACGGGGAUGAUCAACCCCGGGGCCGACUGGCAGGCCAUCCCGCACAACGGCGCCACCGCCAGCUUCCAGUACAAGAUCCGCGUCCGCUGCGACGAGAACUACUACGGCAGCAAGUGCAACAAGCAGUGCCGGCCGCGGGACGACUACUUCGGCCACUACGUGUGCGACCAGUUCGGGAACAGGGGCUGCAUGGAGGGCUGGAUGGGCCCGGAGUGUAGAACAGCGAUAUGCAAGCAGGGCUGCAACCUUCUGCACGGUGGCUGCGCGGCGCCGGGGGAAUGCGCGUGCAAGUACGGGUGGCAGGGGCAGUUCUGCGACGAGUGCAUCCCCCACCCGGGCUGCAUUCACGGGACCUGCGUCAAGCCCUGGCAGUGCAACUGCGACAAGAACUGGGGAGGCCUGAUGUGCGACAAGGAUCUGAACUACUGUGGGACGCACCGCCCCUGUACCAACGGAGGGACCUGCCUUAAUACAGAGCCCGAUGAGUACCACUGCGCCUGUCCAGACGGGUACACGGGAAAGAACUGCGAGAUCGCGGAGCACGCCUGCACGUCCAACCCCUGCGCCAACGCGGGCACCUGCCACGAUGUCCAGUCUGGUUUCCAGUGCCAGUGUCCCCCGGGGUGGGGCGGGCCCACCUGUGCCGAAGACUUGGACGAGUGUGCGUCCAACCCUUGCGCCCAGGGCGGGACCUGCGUUGAUGCUGAGAAUGGGUUUGAGUGCCUCUGCCCCCCACAGUGGGCGGGGAAGACCUGUCAGAUAGAUGUUAAUGAGUGCAGGGGGAAGCCUUGCCUAAAUGCUUUCUCUUGCAAAAACUUGAUUGGUGGAUAUUACUGUGACUGCUUUCGCGGAUGGGCGGGACAGAACUGUGAUAUCAAAGUGGACGGUUGCCGUGGACAGUGCCAGAAUGGAGCUACGUGUCAGGAGGGGCCUCGAGGGCACUACUGCCUCUGCCCGCCGGGGUUCGUGGGUAAACGGUGCGAGAUCGGGCGGAACGCGUGCGACAGCGGGCCCUGCCGGAACGGCGGCCGCUGCCGCCCGGCGCAGGACGGCUACGCGUGCGAGUGCCCGGCGGAGUUCACCGGGCCCGCCUGCGAGGUGAACAGAAUGCUGAACCCCUGCAGCCCCAGCCCCUGUCAGAAUGGGGCGUCCUGCCACAGCCUGUCUGGAGAUUACUACUGCGCCUGUACGGAGGGGUACGAGGGGAAGGACUGCUCCCAGCCCAAGGACCACUGCAGCACCGCCCCCUGCGAUGUGAUCGACAGCUGCACCAUCGCCGUGGAGACCAACAGCUCGGGGGACGUGGUGCGGCGCAUCACGUCCAGCGUGUGCGGCCCGCACGGGCGCUGCGUCAGCGAGCCCGCCGGAAACUUUACCUGCGCCUGCCAGCCGGGCUUCACCGGGGCCUACUGCCACGAGAACGUCAACGACUGCGCGGCCUUCCCCUGCCGGAACGGCGGCACCUGCGUCGACGGGGUCAACUCCUUCCAGUGCGUGUGCCCCGAGGGCUGGGAGGGCCGUCUGUGCGACCUGAACGUGAACGAGUGCGGCCGUGACCCCUGCAAGAACGGCGGGCGCUGCGUGGACCUGUUCAACGACUUCUACUGCGACUGCGCCGACGGCUGGAAAGGCAAGACCUGCCAUUCCAGGGAGAACCAGUGUGAUGCCAGCACAUGCCGAAAUGGAGGCACCUGUUAUGACCAUGUUGAUUCCUUCCACUGCACCUGUCCCCCAGGGUGGGGGGGCAGCACCUGCAACACAGCCAAAACCAGCCCAUGUGCAUCAGGCCCCUGCGAAAAUGGGGGCACCUGUGUGGGAGGCGGAGACUCCUUCACCUGCAUCUGCAAGGACGGCUGGGAGGGGCCUACCUGUGGGCAGAACACCAAUGACUGUAAUCCUCACCCCUGCUACAACGGUGGCAUCUGUGUGGAUGGGGUCAACUGGUUCCGCUGCGAGUGUGCGCCAGGAUUUGCCGGGCCUGACUGCCGUAUCAACAUUGACGAAUGCCAGUCGUCACCGUGCACCUACGGGGCCACCUGUGUGGACGAGAUCAACGGGUUCCGCUGCAUCUGCCCGCCGGGCUUGGCCGGCCCCCGCUGCCAGGAGUUUGUCGGAGUCGGGAUGGCCUGUCACCAUGCUGGGCUGCAGUUCCCCCAUGGGACACGGUGGGAAGAGGAGUGCAACGCCUGCCAAUGCAGCAACGGCAAUGUGGGCUGUACCAAGGUGUACUGUGGGCGUCGGCUGUGCCUCCACCAGGGGGCGCCAGACCAGGAUGGUCAGAGCUGCCCUGGGGGGCAGGAGUGUCUCGACCACCCCUUCCUGACCUGCUUUUCCCCUCCCUGCGGGCAGUGGGGCGUCUGCUCCUCGCCUGAACCCCCGCCCGCCGUCCACACCAGGUGCAAGCCUAACACCGGUUACCUGGACAACCAGUGCGCCAGGAUCACGCUCAUCUUCAAUAGGGACAAAGUGCCGCAGGGAACCACAGUGGAGAACAUUUGUGCCGAGCUGCGGUACCUUCCCACGGCUCGAACCCUGGCACGUGAACGGGCCCUGCUCUUGCUGUGCGACCUGUCCCACUCCAACCGGGAUGCCGUGGAGGUGGCCAUGUCCUUCCUGCAGGAUGAGCCGGACUCCAGUCUAAUUCAGGAGGCUGCCAGCGCAAUGGUCAACGCCCUGUCUAUCCGCCACAACAGCACCGUCAUGGUGGCCGCCGUCGAGGUCAAAGUGGAGACUCAAAGUGGUUCCCAGUCACUGGACCCCCUCGUGCCCGCGCUCUGUGCUGUCUUCGUUGCCCUGUGGGUUCUGUGCCUGGCCCUCUGCCUGUGGUGGACGCGGAAGCGGAGAAAAGCGCGCGAGCGAGGUCGGGCGCCGGUCGAGGAGAGCGUCAACAACCAGUGGGAGGCGCUGCGCCCCGUGGGCCCGCGGCACAAGGACAACAGGGACGUUCAGUACGAAUGCAGGAAGCUCAUGAUCUCCCCGAAUAGGACUUGCGAUGGGGAGGAGGAGGAGGAAGAGGAGGAGGAGGAGGAGGGCCCAGCAGGUGGCCAAAUGGAGGUGGACAAGUGCCGCUCCGGCAAACCCCUCCCCAAAACCACGUCACCGGCCAAAACAGAGGUUGUCUACACCAUCAGCACCCCUUCGAAACUACCCCACCGGACGGUCUACAGCCCCAAGGACAACCGCUGUAAAAAUAUCAACACUGUCGCUUCAGGCAAGGAGGUGAAAGAACUCUGCAUAUGAGCUGGCAAGAUGGGACGCAGGAAGGAGGAGACCUAAAUGAAACAUUUCUCUCUGUUAUUUCCAAAAAAUUUCACUGGAAAAACUUUUCUUGGUCUACAUCAUUUCAGGGCACACCGAUGACGCGGAGGAGGAGCGUUUUUGAUUCUCGCGUACCGACUUAAAGAAAACGUCGCUGCUGUUCAGCAGACGUGACGGGAGAUGCCGUGCCAUCAGAAAAAGAACAAACGGCGUGAAGUUGGAGGAAAGGAGGAAUUUUUGUCUGCGGGCCAUGGUGGUUUUGAUUUGGGAGAGGGUCCCCGUCGCCACCCCUCCCGAGCGCAUGUACAGUACUACAGAGCAGGGGCGGUCCCCCCCCCCCACCCCCCGAAAGACUUGCGGCACAAACGCUGACCUUCAAGGACCAAUCAGCCGGCAGCUCGCCCCCUUCCUGGACUGUGCCGUGCUGCCCGCCAGUCUAGUUUGUAUCCGGCAGGACCCUCUGCCUCCAUAGUGGCCUUUCACCUUUUCGUUGUCUUCUCUCAAUGUUUGCAAAAAAAAUUGCAGUAUUUCUGUUGGUUGCAAGUGCCUUCAGUCCCUUGUUUUUCCUAUUGUAAGCAUUCGGAUAAAGGGAAAGCCUCCACGCAGCUUACCAUAUCACCUAAAGGUAUUUGAUUAAGAAAAAGAAAAAAAAAAGUUAAAAGUAUAUGUGUGUAUAUAUGUACAUAAUAGAGGAGCCGCUGUGUAUAUUUGAAUUUGGUAACUUAAGACAGGUCACACUUUUUUAUUAUUAUUGUUAUAAUUAUUGGUUUUUAUGAUUUCAUUGUUUUUUUUUUUUUACUAUGCCAUCCUUUUUUUAUUUAUGCUGGUUGACAAAGGCAUGUUUUAUAGCGAAGAAAUUGUACAGCUCCUCUACCCAACCCUCAGAGCAUUAAUAUAAUCUAUGAGCAUCUUAUUUCUUUUGGUUUUUUUAAUGUUUAUUUUUUUAAAGAGAUGUCAUACUUAAAUAUUGUGUGAUGUAUGCUGACGUGUCCGUUUAUAAGUUUGCUGUCCUGUCCCUGUUCUUGGGGGAAAUCCUGUGGAGUCCCCCAGAAGGCUGUGGGGCCGUGUGGCUGUGUGGCCACUCCCACUUUAGUUUAUGAACCCUGUCCAACGACAUCACACUAACACAUCUGUGAGCUCACUUUUGUUUGCAUUUGGGUUUAAACCGAACGAAGGGAACCCCUCUGAAUUUCUGUUUGCAUUAUUGUUUGUGCUGUUCCGGAACGAGGGCUGACUGGAGACGUCUACCCGAUAAAACAAGUGUUUUACCUCAGAGGUAGUUGAUAUGAUUUUGGUUGUAUGUUUUCUUUUAAAUGUUAGCCUUGAACAGCAUCUCAUUUCAGUAUUUGGGAAAAAAUAAAAGAAUAUUUCAGAAAAUAAAACAAACUGGUUAAACAUGUUGAAAUUAAAAGAAACGUGUCAGUAUGGAGCUGAAUGUUCAAACCAUCAAUAUGCACAAAAAGAUCAUGCAAAAGCCAUUUGGUUUGUUUAGUGGAAUUUUGUUUGUUCUUAAAAAAUAAACCGACAUAUUAAAACAUUU